CAAAAUGUUUUGUUGGCAAAAUUGAUGACAUAAAACAUUUCAAUAUUAUAUGAAAGCAAACUAUGAAAACUUCAUAUUGUCUAUGGACUCUUAUAUUUAAACAGUAUUCUUGUCCCAAUCUGGGACGUUUAAUCUUAAAUAUAUACAUGAGAGGCAAAAAUAAAUUACAGCAUGUUACAGAGUCUCCAAGAAUUUAAAAGUGUCCAUAAAAGUAGUACAAUAAAAUAAAAUACAAGACUGUACUUUUUCUGUCGCUGGGGUGGUACCCUAAGGUUUCAUUUUGUACCCUACAAUACAUUGUUAUAACUUUUGGGUACAUUACCUUUAAAGGUACAGAUGUUUUGUACCCCUAACAUUUUACUGGAACAAAAUUGGUCCAUAAAGGUACACAAUAGGUACUUAGGGUAUAAUAUUGUAUUUCAAUAUUUGUAUUCCCAUACAGGUACAAAAAGGUACAUAUGAGGGUACCACCCCAGUGACAGAGGAAGGUACAGGUUUGUACUUUAUUCAGAAAGUGUAGGGUAAAUAAAAUUCAAACCUAUGAUUAAUAAAAGUACAAUGAAAGAAAAGUCAAUAGCGUGACAGUGAAGUAAAACCUUUCACAUUUGAUGCAACUGACCUUAAAAAACAAGAAUGUCAUGCAAGAUAAAGAGUUGAAAAGUGGCCUAGAUUUUUAAACUCUCCCACAUGGGUUUCCAUUAGUGACCUCUUACCUGUUCCUUUCAUCUUUUGCUGAUUUUCAAAUUAUUUCUAAGAGAUUGGAAAGUUGCCCAACCUACCACAAGAACCCUGCAAAUGUUACAUAAGCUGCCUUCUGACUGUAUUAAAAUGACUAUAGAAUUAUCGUGAUGAAAUUUGAUGAAAAUAAAACCAUGAUGAAAAGUUUUCUUUAAUGAACUUUCCUUGACCAAGACUGUGGUUUGCGUAGAGUUUUAGAAUCUGGGACAAACUCAAGCCACAGAAAUGUCAUGACCUCAUUAUACACUUGUAUUUCAAUGCUGUGGUGACUUUCUUAUAUUUAAACUCCCUCAAAAGUGAGAAGCUGCAAACUAACAUUGCAUUCCUCAGCGACAACAUCACCGGCUCCCCGCUGGAUAGAGAAUACGACGUGGAGCACCGAAUCCGAAACGAAGAAAAAGUCCAAGGGGGGGAAGCUGACGUCACCAGGAAACAAGAAUAAAUACAAAGGUGAGGACCAGAGAAAAGGCAAAGCAGGGAAGAAAGGAGUAAGACAGGCUUAUCUGUGAGGAUCUCGCAAUUUCACUUUGUAACUUGAAGCCUAAACAUGGCCGGUGCUUUGCAAUACAUUUGUCUGCUCCUGACUUUUGGCAUUCCGAUCCACGAAUGUACGGCGGUGUACGAAGAUGCCAAGUGUGUCACAGAUCCACCUUGUUUUGAUCUGGGCAUAGUGGUGACGAUGGCUAGACAGGUCAGCAAGGAUCUGAUAGCUGCAGACGGUGAGAGUAUCCUUUUAAAACACAACCUCUUUGACAAAAUUCGAAAAAAGAAAGAUCUCCACAGCUGCGUCCUGCUGAAAAUCCUCGAUCUCUUUGAAAACGUGCUGGUUAAGACGGAGGAAAAGUCACCGGUCCAUCGCAAAGGAGAAAUUAACCCCCAUACAGAGCUCAUACAUAUCAUGGAUCGACUGGAGUCCUGUGUCUAUAAGUCAAAAAAAGGAUGCGAUAGGUUAUAUACCAAAGCUAAUAACACGGCUCCUGUGCGUUCCAGUAAACUGGAGCCUAUUCAGGCAGCGAUCCUACAGCUACAAAAACUGAACAAUGCGAGUGAAAACCUCGAUGAUGAGAGUAUUCAGGAGAGAGCCAUGGAUGAGCUGAAAUCCCUCCAUCUCUACAUAAGAGGAAAAGGUUUCCGGAAAAAGCUGAACGACUGACAUUCUGUGAAUGUUGUUUAAUUAAAGCCAAAGGGACACCAGUCCAGUCUCUCUCUUAAAACAAGACUAUGCUGAUUUUCAUGUUUCUAAUAUAAUGAUGCUUCGGGUUAACGAUCAAGCUUUGUAAGGCGAAUAUAUUUAAAUGUUGUAAAAAUUAUUAUUUUUUUAACUAAAGAGUAUUUAAACAGCAUAAAAGCGACAUAACGCUAUGUACUUUCGGUGAAAGACUAUGAAUGUACUGCAGUAAAGGCAGCUAAGAGAAAAA